ACCUAACCUAACUCCAUUGCCGGUUCUCCAGCAGGGUAAGCAAGCUGGGUCGUCAGGCGACACGAGAAGAAGAGAUGGACUAAUGAAGAGUGUGGGUGGUGGGGACUAGAUCGGCGCAUGCGCGCCAACGACGCUUAUUGAGCCAUGGAGAGGGGCGGUUGGUGCCUCAUCGUCGGCGGCGGUGGCGGCGGCGACGGCGGCAGCGGUGGUGGCGGUGACGGCGACGUGGCAUGGUAUACGGCCGCAUGGGUGCAGCGAGGGGCGAGACGGGUAGCUCAUAUUAUGCGGGGGAAGGGAUCCUGGCUCCUCGUAGUCGGGAAAAGGAGGGAAAAGGAAGAUAAACGAUGGUCGAAUAAAGAUAGAAGAAGGGUAAAGAGAGCGAGAGAGUGAGAGAACGAGAGAAAAAGAAAGAUGGGAAGGGAAAGCGAGACGGUGUGUGUCACGAAAGUUCGUAUGUACGAUCGAGUGAGACAGAGCCGGGAGAUCUAACGAAGAUAGGGUGAGAAUGAUAAAGCGAAGGGAGUACGCGAAGGGGAGCGGGACAGAGAGAGAGAGAGCGAGAGAGAGAGAGAGAACGAGGGAGUCCGAAUUAGCGAGGGUGCAUAGUUGUGCGAUAGAUGGUAGAAGGAGAGGAAACGUAAAGCCGUUGCGUAUUAGACGAAGAACGACAGAGAGAGAGAUAUAAAAUGUUAGACGGAGAAGAGAGGAAUUGAUGGUCGAGUGUGUGAAUCGUACAAGACCGUAGGUGUGAUUAAGCGAGACAGACGGAGGGGAAUGUGAAGGAACGAAUGAAAUGGUAUGAGAAAGCGGCUGGAGAGAAGGAAAGAGAGAGUAGGAGAAAUAGAUUGGUGUGCGUGUGGUAGGGUGAAGAGUGAGAAAGGUAGAAGGCGGGCAAGUAGUGGAAGAGAAGUGGUGGGACAAGUGAGGUGGGGGCGAAAGGGGAACGGCAGAGGGGAGGGGGAGGGGUGAGGGGGCGCUGGCAUCGGACAGUCGGUGUCGCGCCAGGCCCCCGCUAGCGGCUAGCCAAGCAAGCAGCAAGCAGUCGCAAUCCCGUCGCCUAACCAGCAUUGCUCGCCUUACCUUUUCACCCUCUUAUAAAAUCGUCAGCUGCAUAUAUUUGCCCCGUUCCAUCAGCCGGUCCCUCCGACGUCGUUCGUCGUUGUUCGUCGUCGCCAUUGCUGCCGCCACCGCCGCCGUCGCCGCUGCUGCUACUGCCGUCGUCAUCGUCGCACACGCAGUACGUCGUCGUUAUUGCUCUUGCAAUCGUCGUCUAGUCGCGCGUGGUUUUUAGCAGCGGAUGUAUUGAAGGGAAAGCGCGAGCGAACAUAAAAACGGAAUUCUUGUGAUCGAGUAAACUGAUUAUGAGUUGGAACAGUGCAGCAGUUGAGCACACAUCCGGGCCAGCGUUGUUAAAGUGAGAACAAGUUUUCGUGGUUUUCUUCGUGUGUCGCGAUCCGGCUGAUCGACCGGAACUGUAAAGUGAGAGUAAUAAAAGGAAAAGUAUAUUUUUCGCCGUUUCUCGUUAGUGAGAAAGAGAGCAAGUGCAGCGUCCAAAGGAAACGGCUAUUAAAGCGAAGCUCGUAUGUCACACGUUGAAAGAACAAGCCGUGUCAUCGUUGAUAUAAGUGCUGACAAAUAAGAUAUAUAUGUACUUUUGUGUGUUGUUCGUUACUACAGUGAGAAGUUGCAAGCUCCAAAGAAGCAGCGAAGUCUCACCGACCGCCUAACCUGUCACGGUGACCGACAUCACGGCGAGAUCGCGGCUGAUACCUCCGCGUGUUCCGGCGCAAGGGCCGAUGUAAUCGGGAAAAACCCCCGUGCAAAUAUUUCCAUCCACCGCAACAUCUGAAGGACCAGCUUUUGAUAAACGGGCGUAAUCAUUUGGCCCUAAAGAACGCGCUGAUGCAGCAGAUGGGUCUCACACCGGCCCAGCCACUAGUGCCUGGCCAGGUACCAGCAGUGGAGGCACCAGCACCUCCGGCACCACACCAUCACCUUCAACAGCAAAUCCAGCAGCAACUUCUCGCUACCCACGCCUUUAUGGCGACGAAUCCGUACCUGACCGGUAUGCCGCAGGUUGGCAACACGUACAGCCCGUAUUUCGCGCCCAGCCCCAUCAUGCCAGCGAUCAUGGGGCCUGCGGACCCAACCGGAGUCGGAAGCCCGUUGGGCGUGGUCCCGCAGACGGUGGCGAUGCCGCAGAAGAUGCCACGUACCGACCGCCUCGAGGUAUGUCGCGAGUUUCAACGCGGGGCGUGCAAACGCGGCGAGACGGAGUGCCGGUUUGCGCACCCCCUCGAGACGGUGCAGGCGAACGAGGACGGCUCUGUGACGGUCUGCAUGGACGCUGUCAAGGGCCGAUGCAAUCGGGACCCCUGCCGCUAUUUCCACCCCCCUCUGCACCUUCAAGCCCACAUUAAGGCCGCACAAUCUCGGGCUAGCAUUGCGAUGGACAUGAAGUCUGUCGGAUCGUUCUACUACGAGAACUUUGCCUUCCCAGGAAUGGUUCCGUAUAAACGACCGGCGGGCGACAAGUCCGGCAUGCCGGUCUAUCAGCCUACCGGCGCGACGACCUAUCAACAGUUAAUGCAGCUGCAGCAGCCCUUCGUGCCUGUGUCAUGUGAGUACACUGGAACACCACCCCUACCCACCCAAACCUCUAACCAAUCGGUCGUGCAACCCCCGAACGUGCAAAGCAACCACCACGCGGUGGUAGUUCAGUCCUCCUCCUCCUCCCAAGGAACCGGCGGCGCCACAGUCAAUAACUGCGCCGACGCCAACAAUGGCGUGAUGAUGGAUCCCUGCAACAACCCACCGCCACCACCUCCAACCGCCGACAAUAACAGUAACAAUAGUAACGUCAAUAACAAGCAGCCGAAUCCAACGCAGAAUCACGAUGCCGAAAACGCGCACAACUCCCCCGAAUUGAAUCACGCGAGUCCCGCGACAAUUUCGCAACAGCAACAACAGCAGCAACAGCACCAGCAACAUCAACAGCAACAGGCGCAACAGCAGCAGCAGCAACAACAGCAACAACAGCACCAAUUGCAACAACAGCAUCAACAGCAGCAAUUGCAGAACCAAUUGGCGCUGUCGGCCGCCAGCGUGCAACCCGCGAUGAGCCCGUUGACCUCGGUCGCCGGCCUAAGCUCGAUGCCAGGCGUGGUCAUGGCCUCGAUGGCCUCGAUGACGAACGUGCCCUCGGUCACGAACAUGGUGUCCAUGGCCAACUACAACGCCACGAACAUGGCCAGUUUAAACAUGCUGAACAGCCUGGGCAUGGCAUCCGGAUUGCCCGCGUCCCUUGACCCCGCCGCGCUCGCCAAAGAGGUCGCCCAGAAGAACUACGCGAAAGCGAUCAAGCUCUCCCAGGCGUCCCAGUCGUACGGUAUCAAUCAGCUAACCGCGCUCAACUACACCGGGGUCGCGUUGAACAAGCAAGCGUUGGUGAAUCCGGCGGCAGCCGCCGCCGCCGCGGCCGGCAAUCCGGCGGUUGCCGGCCUCCCGGCGACAGCGGCGACACCCAGGCCGGUCAUCCCCAACCUGACCGGGAUUCCCGGCGCCCUCACCUCCCCGCUCUCCGCUGGAAUCCUGGCCUACUCGAGGCCGCCGACCGGCGCCCCGAUCAAUCCUUACUCGCUGAUGAGGCAACAGAUCCUUCCCAAUCCUUACGUUCAAGCCUCGAUACCGACCGUUCCUGGGGCGGCGGCCGCCGCCGCCGCCGCGGUCCAGGGCAAUCCCUACGUGCAGAAUCCUUACACGGUUCUACCGGGUGUCGCCAGCAUGCCUGGGGUCGCGGCCAGCGUAGCGGCAGCCGGUGUACCGGGUGUCCCCCAGAUACCGCAGAUUCCGAACCCGGCCACGAUCGCGGCCCAACCGCAGGUAGCGAUUCCGGUCAGUUCCGGGGUGAUCAUGCAACCCUACAAGAAGAUGAAGACCUCGUAAACGGGGGGAAAAGGGGGGAAGGGAUCGCUCGAA